AUGUCACAUGACUAUCAAAAUGAUAGAAAUAUAUUUUCAUCUUAACUUGUGAGUGAAAAAUUAACAUACCCAUAAUCUUCAUAGUUCAUAGAUUUCGAGGUCAACUUACGUAUUUUUACGUUCAGGUAACUCUAUUCUUCAUUUAUGUAAACUUGAAUAACUCCAAAUUUACCAAUGAUUUUAAUUAUUUUUAAUUACCGGUAUUCAUUUUUUGUUUGUCUGUUCGGGUUCGGCUCACUGUUUACUGAAUUUACUGUUUACCGUUUAAGUUUAAUUGAUUAGUAGUAUUAGUAUUAGUAAUACUAAUAUAGCGUCGCAAAAUAUUAUAAUGUAUAAUUAUUAUAAUUAAUUUAAAUGUAUAUAAAUUAUGAUUAUCAUAAACAAUAAACAUUGUCAUUGAUUAAUCAUAAUCUUAAAAUUAAAAUCUUUGUGAUAAAUAUUAUUAUUAUUAAUUAUUAAUUAUCCUUCCCUUCACUCAAAAAAAUCAGAUGCUUGAGAUGCAGAUCAUUUUAUUUUUAUGAUAAUUUAUUUAUGUCCAGUCGUCCAGUUUUUGAACUUUUUCCUCAGUCUCAUUUUAAUGAUGAUUCAUAUCAUUAUUAUCAUUAUCUGAUCUAUAAGUUUAAUUUGACUGAGUAGACAGUGAGUAGAGGAUUAGUUCUAUUUUAUUAUUAUUUUUAUGCUUAAUAAUAAUACAUUAUUAUAUAUAGAUAUACUAUAAUAAUUUAGUUGAUUCUAAUAAUUACUAGUAAUAAGGCAGAAUAAGUAUAAGAUAAAUAAAUAUGGAAGUUAAUCGGCAAAUUUACACAGUUACACAGUACACAGACACAGUGUAAAGUGUAAUGGCAUGAGAAUGAGUAUGUAAAAGUAGGUUGUAUAUAUAUUACUUACCUCUUAUUUUCUUAUCCUAUUCUGUGGCAGUGGGCUUGGUUUGUUUUACUAAAAAGUGGGAUAUUUUGUAAAUUUCAGACAAUAUUGAAAACUUUUAAAUAUUUUAUUGUUCAUUUUCAUUAGAUUUAUGAUCAGUCUAACAAUGCUAAGACUAAGGGCAAGGGUGAUUAUUGAAAAGUAAUUAAAUAAUAAACAGGUGGUAUUUUUUAAGAAUUUCAAUAAUUUUAACUUACAAUUUUUACUUAUUGUUAUUAGAUAUCCAAUAAAAUUGUAAAAAUCUUUUUGAACAAAAUAUUUUCAAAUUUUUAUUACCAUUCUAAAAAUAAAAUUCAAUUCCUUUUUUAAAUAAUGUAAAAAUAUAACACUUCAGAGGUAGCAUUUAUAUUAGGCAGGGGAAAAUGAGAAUAUAAUUUGAUGGUAUUUAUUAAAAAUUUUCUCUGUUUUUUCCCUGUCGAUUUAUGUUUUGAAAAAAUGUCUAUAAUUUGUAAACAUGUUUAAUAAAACUUUUUUCAAGAAUUAUUUCUUAUUUUAUACUAGAAAAUAUCACCUGUUUUUAUCAAGAUAAUAAUGCCAGGCAAUUUGCAAUAAUUUCCACCUACUAUUGCAAAAAAUCAUCACAAUUCCGCAUUUUAGCAAGAAGUGUCUGUGUAAUAAUAAUUACGUUAAGAACAUAAUAAAAAGUUUUAAGAAGUAUUUUUUGUGCUAUAAAUUCGUACCCCUCAGAUACAUUUUUAUCCUUAUAAACAUGACCUUAAAUUACAAAAUCAAAAUGAUCACUAAUUAAAUCAUUACUGUCAAUAAAAGAGUUCAUUGACGGCUGAUUUCUAGGCUAUAGUUCUGUUGUCAAGGCAUGCUUCUGUCAUCUGCGUGCCCUGGGUCAGCUGCAUCCUCAACUCAAUAGGAGAACAGCCAAUGCUGUAGCAGUAACUCUAAUCCAGUCAAGAUUAGAUUACUGUAAUAGUUGUUUGAGGGGUUUACCUCAGAACCAAAUUCAGAGACUCCAAAAGAUACAAAUUACUGCAGCACGCAUUGUAUCGCGGAUGAAAAGAUCUUACCACAUCACCCCAGUUCUAUGAGAUCUUCAUUGGGUUUCUGUGAGUGAGCGCAUAAACUACAAAAUUUUGUCCCUGGCAUACAGCUGCAUAGAUGGCUCAACACCAAAAUAUCACAAGGAAUUGUUUCAUAAACAUGUGUCCUUGAAGACCCUGCGGUCUUCAAAUCAGUACUUACUGAGUGUUCCUAGUGUGGAUGAACACAGAAAAAAGUCUUACGGAGUGCGCUAUUUUGAAGCGAUAGCGCCAAAAUUAUGGAACAGUUUUCCUCAAUCUUCGAGGGGAAUUUUGUAAAUGAUAAAAAUCAUUUAAGAAACAAUUAAAAACUUUUUUGUUUAAUUAUUUUUCGGAGAACCAGAGCCCAAUGAGCAUACUAAAGUGGCAUGGAUACCAGCGCGAUAUAAAUAUCAAAUUAAUCAAUCAAUCAAUCAAUAGAAAUACUUUUAAGUCAUGUGCUUUCAAAUUUUUAAAUAUUGGGCCUACCCUAUUACUUUACGGGUCCUUAAACUCAUUUUUUUCUCUAAAAAUUGUAGAAACUUUUUCUAAAUUUACAACAAAAAAUUCCAUGUACAAUUUGAAAUAAAUUUUGUAUUGACACAAUUUGAUAUACCGAUUUCUUCAUUAAAAAUUAAACCGAACUUUUGCCUUUGUUUUCUACUAGGUACAUUGUUGUAAAAUCGUAAAACAAAGAAUUCUCUUAUCUAAAGAGCAAUCUUUUAACCGCUUUUCACAUCUGUAACAGCUUUGAGUGUCUUUUUUACGGAAAUGUGAUUAAUCUCACAACAGUAUAAACCCAAUUUACUUUUCGCAAAGUAAAAACAAAAAUACAUUUUCAUUUUUUGAAAGAAAAUCUUUACACAUUUCCAUUUUUCAAAAUUAAAUUUUCAUGUGUGUAAAAUGAUUUUUUUUUCAUAUUCAUGGGUAUACUUUUGUAAAUGUACCCACGUUUUGUUAACCCCUUCGAUUGGUGAACUUUAAAGUAUAAUUUAAGUUUAAGGUUACGUUUUUAUUUUGUUAUAAAUUGAAUAAAAGUAUUUUUGGAAUGAAAAAAAAAAGGGAAAACUUAUUAAAUGUUUAAAAUACAAAGGUAAAUUUUUGUGUGUUUUAUUAACAAUUUAAAAAGCAAUCAAUUAUAUUUAUCAAUUUUACUUUUAAGAAGGGGAAAAUAAAUUAGCCUUAGCAUUUUUGUCACGUUCGGUUAUUAAAUCAAAGAAACUUAAUAGCCUUGGCUAAAGUAGGCAAUUCCUGCUAUGACUUGAAUGUUUAUUGAGCAUAAAUUAAUUUUGAUUUUAUUUCCCAAUAUUAACAAUGCACAAAAAAGUAUUUUAAAAACAACAGAUGUUUGGGUUUCCCCAAUAAAUGUGAUUACCAUGUAAUCCUUAGAUCAUAUUCAAAGUAUUGAUCAUUCUGGCUCCUGUAGGUAAGAAAAAAUUGUUCCACAUAAUCUUGUCAAGAAAUUACACUGCAACACGAUUGAGUUUGUUCUGAGUGAAAAAGUUCAGCUUUUAAACAGUCCAAAAAACUUUCAGGUCCAAAAAUAUCCAACCAUCCAGGAAUAGAAUUUGAAGAAAAUAUUUAAAAAAUGAGAAAAUGUGUGAGAAAUUUCACUGCUGCCUGGCAGCUAAAAAUAUCAGUGAAUUACUGCAGUGAAUCAAAUUUGUGUACAACGUCCCAUCAACAGACUAUUCCAGACAUUGGGUGUUGAGAAAGAUGCAAAUUUUUUUAGUCUUGCAUAUCUGAUGAACCUUAAACUAUGUACAGAUAAGUGGUAAAUGAAAGGAAUUCAUUUUCAUUGUUAUGGAGCUGAGCUUAUGUCACUGCUUUUAGUCGAGAGGUCAAUAUUUUCAGCUUAAAUAUAAUACUAACUUUUUGCAAAAUCUCUCCUUACAUUUUUUUAUUUCAGGUGUACUGAAACCACAAAAAAGUUAUAAGAUGUUCAUCAUUCAAGCUCUUAGUCUAGUUGGGUUUCUUAUGUGUGACAUUGCUGCUAAUGGGCUAAAAAAUGACCAAAGCUUCUUUAGCAUUCAUAAUUUGAAUUCAAGAUCAUCUAACCAAGCAGAUGAAAUAUACAUUGAUUUUAACACGAGCCUUCACGCUUGUGAUAAAAAAUACCUAAGUCUCACAAUAGACUCUAGCGAAAUCAUGUCAAAAUGGAAAGGAUUUGAUUUUAGGUAGGUUGUUUUAAAUUAAUAGAUAGAACAGGAUCCAUCAGAAGUCAAAUUUUUCAGAACAAAUUUGAUGAAUUAAUUAUAUUUAAUAUAAUGUGCCACUUUCAAAGAUACAAUUCUGUGUAAUAAACCUAAAAUGUAUUUAGAUACUGAUCUUGUGAUUGUAAUGAGAAAAAUGUUGAUUAACUGAGGGGGGAUAUGGUAAUAAAUCUAUACUAUAUUUAUAUUAUGCAGGUCAGAAAUUAUAGCUUUAUUUACAAAUCAAAAUUUCUCCCAAUGACUUACUUAUUAGGAAUAUUUAAUUUAUAUACUUUCAGCUCAUCGAAACUGAGGAAUAUGGCAUCUGCAUUAUCCCCAGCUAACAUUCGUAUUGGUGGAACAAAUGCAGAUUUCCUUAUAUUUGAACCAAAUGGUGAUGAGUUAUUGCCCAAGUCAUCUUCGUUUUACGACUCUGGUUAUUUUGACUUUAAAGCUUUCAAGGCCCCAGAAGCUCCACAGAACUUCACCAUGACUGGUGUGUUGAAGAUAAAUUAACCCACUAUGAAUUACAGUUUUUUAAAGCUGAAAAUUAAUUUAAGAUUCAGCUUUUUGUACAUUUUCUAACUAAAAUUUUAUGUUUUCUUGAUUAACAGCUUAUAAUGAGAAAACCCUUCAAUUUAUUUUAGGGUAUUUUAUUUAAUUAUAUUAUAUACCAACAAUACAAUAUUUAAAGAAAAAUCAUUUAUUGUUGCAAUGAAACUUAUAACAUUUUUUAAUUGUAUUUCAUGACACAAGUUAAUACUAUUCAACCAGCUCAAUGAUCUGCCUACAUGUCUCUUUGAAUGAAUAAAUACGCUUAUUUUCAUUUUUACAAAUUUAAUUGCUAUUCUGUUUUCUAAUCUAUAUUGACAUUUAAACAAUCCUCCCUUGUUGACAUUAAAACAAUCCUCCCCGUUGACAUUUAAACAAUCCUCCCCUGUUGACAUUUAAACAAUCCUCCCCUGUUGACAUUUAAACAAUUCUCCCCUUUGACAUUUAAACAAUUCUCCCCUUUGACAUUUAAACAAUCCUGCCCUGUUGAUAUUUAAACAAUCCUCUCCUGUUGACAUUUAAACAAUCCUCCCAUGUUGAGAAUCAAACAAUUCUCCCCGCCUGCAGCUCCCCCAAAAUUUUCUUAACAGAUAUAACACAAAAAAUAAUUCUUCAUUAAAAAAAGUUUGUUGACCCUUGAACUAGCGAAAGGGUCUUAAACCAUUUAAAUCUGUAUCUAUAAAUGUAUCACAUUUCUUUUUUUUUUUUUUUUAACACAAAUUAAUAUAUCGCUGCGUCACAUUUAAAAUGAACAAAUUCAAGUUCUUUGCCAUUGUCAUCACAUAGCUAGAAGAAAAACUAUUUUUUAUUAAACAUUUGCUUAUUUAAACUGUGUUGGCAGUGAGGUUAAUUUGAUAACUAGUAAGCCCUUGUUUUUGUGUAUAAAUAGCAAUGCUUAGUCACAUCAUAAUUUUAUCUGCAUCAGGUAAACAAUGGGACAACAUGACCAGUUUUUUCAAGUGGGUAAGAUGGGACCUCAUGUUUGAUUUCAAUGUCUUCCUUCGCAGAGAUGGCGUCUGGGACCCUGUGAAUGCUCAAACUCUUUUAGACUACUCUGCAGCAAGAGGAAUAGAAAUUCCAGCAUUUCAGUUGGGAAAUGGUAGAUUUCAUUACAUGCAAAGUCCAAGAACUAUUGCAUAAUUUUUUUCAUCUAUAGUUUUGGAUAAUUUUAUGUUGAUACAAUAACAGAAUGCAUGGCAACAAAAAGCUUGGUCAUGCUAUUUCAUUUCCUUUUCUACAUUUUUAAGACAGAACAAAUGUUAGUUUGAAUUGGAAUGGCAGCACGCAGUCACUGUCAGAGAGCAAAUGUUAGUUUGAAUGGGAAUUGCAGCACGCAGUCACUGUUAGAGAGCAAAUGUUAGUUUGAAUGGGAAUGGCAGCUAGCUGUUACUGUCAGACCCUUCAGCAAUUAUUAUUUUUCUAGUUGUUUUUACCCAGGAAAUAUGAAGUAAAAAAAACUACAUAAAAGAAUAAAUGGUUACACGUAUCAUCUUAUUGCUUUAAAAUUAAGUAAAUGUGUGUGAUUUUUGUGUUUUUUCUAAUUUUUCCUUUUUGUUUUCUGGGGAUAAAAAUGGUCGCCCAUCAAAUACCAUUUUUGAGUUAGCUAUCUCUGUAUCCUAUUGGUACCUAUGGGAAAUAAGUAUAUUUCGGUUUAAUAUUCAUAAAUCUAGAUUGAAAGCCUUUCCUCAAAAAAAUGAAUAAUAUUUGACUUUGCUUUGAAACAUAUAUAAUUUUAGUAUCUAUAAUUAAAAAUAAGUAUUUGUUUUACCAUUUCAGAACCAAAUGCCUUUUUGCACAACUUUAACAUUUCCAUCCUGCCACCAAGUCUAGCCCGAGAUUUCAUUGUACUGAAGCAACUUUUGUCAAACUAUUCACAGUACAGAGAAAGUGGCUUGUAUGGUCCAGAUGUAACAAGCAUGUCCACUCAUUCUGCAUCGGCAGAUUACUUUAAACAGUAAAUAUAAGCAAAACAAUAGGAUUUUCAUUUAUUUAUUAUUUGAUUAAGUUGAAUGUAAAACUUCUCUUGAUUAAUGAAGGAAUUGUAAGACUAUGUGGGGGGGGGGGGGUUGGAAUAUCAGUGAGGGCCUUAGAUAUAUGGCAGAUAGUGAAGGCAAAUUAAAUAUUUAAAGAAAUGAUUUAAGGAUUACAAAGAGUAAGAGUCAAAGGUCAGAGAUUAAGGGUGAUACAAAAUUGAAUUGAAGUACCGUAGUUAGAAAUAUAAAAUGAGUUAAAGAGCCAGGUAUACUAAGACUAAAAAAAGUAAGAUUACUGUUACAAAUUAAAAAAAUUAUGUGUAUAAACAAUAAUAAAGUAAGAUUAAAAAUAUUUGGUGAACUAACAAUAAAAAAUAAGAGUAUAGAUGAAAAAAUUAGGUGUACUAUGAUACAAAAGUAAGAUAACAGAUUAAAUCAAUUAUUUUACCAAUAAAUUAAUGAAAUUUUUAAAAAGGCAAUAUGUCCUGGAGAUAAAAAAUAUAUUGUCAAAAUUAAUUGUUUUCAUUUUAUAUUAUAUUGAUAUAUUAUUUUCAUUUUAUAUUAUACUGAUAUUUUGUAUGAAUACAUUUUUCAGAUUUUUAAACUCUGGGGCCUGUUCGGUUGUAAAUGCAGCAACAUUUCACCAGUAAGCUCAUUAAAACUUUUAGUUUAUAAUGCAAUGAACAAUUAAUCAGUUUAAAAACAUUAGGGUUCAUAUGUUGAUGACUCUUGAGACUGCUGGGGCCAUCCAUCUAUAUCCAGGGUAGAAAGUGGAAAAAGAUAAAAUGCUGAUCCAUUGGCCAAUAAUAAAAUUCUCAAGAUUAUAUGGCCGAUUUUUUAGCAGCUAACCAAAUUUCUUCUUGCAUUUCUCGCUCAUCUCGGCAUUUUAAUGGUGGCUUCCAACGAUAGUUUAUAAAGUUCGUUCAUGUUAUAUCAUUUUUUGUUCCUAGUGACCCCUAUAAAUACUUUAAAAAAGUAUGUGACUUUAAAAUAUGCCAAAAGGCAAAAGCAGUCCCUGGGGAAUAUUUUUUGCAGUUUUUUUUUUUACAUUGAAUCUUAUUCAAACUUUUUGAAAAGGAAUUAUUUAGGCUUCAACAAUCAGAAAUUUUACAAAGUUCUGCAAUUAAGGCAUGUUUAUUCUAAUGGUAAAACAAUUGUUUGCAUAAAUUAUGCACAUCAUGAUAUCUCAUUUGCAUAAAUGUCAAUAUGUCAGUUUGAUUCAAAAGACUCCGUCUCAAGAGUGUUAAAAGACCAAAUCAGUUGUUUCAAGCAUUUUAAGAGUGUUUAGUAUUUUAAAGCUUUAUAUCAGUACAAUGCUCUUUACAAAGAGAUGGUUAAAUGUGAAUAUUAUUCUUUUUACAAUUUAAUGGUAAAACUAUUUGCAAUAUUUGAUAUGCAUUUAUUUAGAUAUUUUUAAUAAAUCAUUUAGAUACUGCAUUUAUUUAGACAUUUUUAAAUAAAUCAUUUAGAUACUGCAUUUAUUUAAAUAUUUUUAAUAAAUCAUUUAGAUACUGCAUUUAUUAAGAUAUUUUUAAUAAAUCAUUAAGAUACUGCAUUUAUUUAGAUAUUUUUAAAUAAAUCAUUUAGAUACUGCAUUUAUUUAGAUAUUUUUAAUAAAUCAUUUAGAUACUAUAAGGAUGGCAGAAAAACCAGUGUUGAUGAUUUUUUAAACACAACUGUUAUGGAUUCACUGAAAAAAUCAUUUGAGGCUGGGCAAGAGGUUCUAAAAGAGAUUUCAUGCCCCUUGGCGCUAGCUCUGACUGAAACAUCCUCAUGUUAUGGAGGUGGAGCACCAGGGCUCUCUGAUCGUUAUGUCGCUGGCUUCUUGUAGGUAUUUCCAAUAUAUUUCAAUCUAAAGCUGACUAUUAAAAAAAAUGCACAGUUUCAUUUCAAGGGAUGAUACUGUAAACAGUAAUGCUUCUGACACAAGUGGUCAAGUGAUAUUUAACUAUAAUGAUUUUUACAUAAAAGAUGUAAAAUAUAUCAGUUUUUGUUGUACCGGUAGAUCUAAUUUGUAGAUAUUCUGUGAGGCAAUUAAACAUUUCUGCAUGAAGAUAUUAUUUUAAUGAUGUCAACUUUUUUAGUUAGAUAUCCCUUAAAAUAAAUGUAUUCGACACUAAGGAUUGUUUAAUAUGAAUUCUUCUAGGAUGUCUAGAUAAAUUGGGUAAACUAAUGAUUGUUUGAAAUUAAUUCUUCUAAGAUGGCUAGAUAAAUUGGGUAAACUAAUGAUUGUUUGAUAUUAAUUCUUCUAAGAUGGCUAGAUAAAUUGGUUAAACUAACGAUUGUUUGAUAUUAAUUCUUCUAAGAUGGCUAGAUAAAUUGGGUAAACUAAUGAUUGUUUGAAAUUAAUUCUUCUAAGAUGUCUAGAUAAUUGGGUAAACUAAUGAUUGUUUGAUAUUAAUUCUUCUAAGAUUUCUAGAUAAUUGGGUAAACUAAUGAUUGUUUGAUAUUAAUUCUUCUAAGAUGGCUAGAUAAAUUGGGUAAACUAAUGAUUGUUUGAUAUUAAUUCUUUUAAGAUGGCUAGAUAAAUUGGGUAAACUAAUGAUUGUUUGAUAUUAAUUCUUUUAAGAUGGUUAGAUAAAUUGGGUAAACUAAUGAUUGUUUGAUAUUAUUUCUUGAAGAUGGCUAGAUAAAUUGGGUAAACUGAUGAUUGUUUGAUAUUAAUUCUUGAAGAUGGCUAGAUAAAUUGGGCAAACUAACAAUUGUUUUAUAUUAAUUCUUUUAAGAUGGCUAGAUAAAUUGGGUUUGGCUGCACAGUAUGGAAUAACAACAGUCUACAGACAGACAUUUUUUGGAGGGAGUUAUGCCCUUGUCAACAACAAUCUCGAUCCUGCUCCAGUAAGUAGACCAUGUGUUAUUUAAAGUUCAAGUGAAACUUAUUUUUGUAAAUGACUUGUUUACUUAUGUUUGUAAAUGACAUUUUCACAUAGGGUACAAAUGACCGUAAUCUGUCUCUUGAACACACCACCUGCUCUAUCUAAAUCCAUUUUUUUGACAUUCUCAAUUCAUUGCUACUUUUAACUUACUAAUAAGAUUGUUCGCUACGUAUGAUACUUCUCAGAGCCAUCAAGUUGACCUGCAAACCCAUGUGGCUUCAGGGGGCCAGAAGUUGUGAUGUUGAAAAAUAAACAGUCAACUUGGAAAAAGGUGGGGGGGUGGGAAGAGGGGGACAAAAAUAAAAAAAUUACAUGCUCAUUCUUCCAAAAUUUAUUUUUCUUUCAGUGAUGGAUUGAGGGUGGAUUCCAUUCUUUUUAACUAGUAACUGUUAUAUUAUAACCUGAAUUCUGUUUCUUUUAACUAGUAACUGCUAUAUUAUAACCUGAAUUAUGUUUCUUUUAACUAGUAACUGCUUUAUUAUAGUCUGAAUUCUGUUUCUUUUAACUAGUAACUUCUAUAUUAUAGCCUGAAUUCUGUUUCUUUUAACUAUAAAUUGCUGUAUUAUAACAUGAAUUCUGUUUGUUUUAACUAGUAACCAGAAAUCGGUUUUGAUGAGUAGCAUAAACUAUUUGGUUAAUGCAUCAUGCAAGCUUUGCCCACCAUUGAACACACAAACAAGGCUUCUAUAACAUUGAACACAGAAGCAUUUUAGAAAAUUGAUCACACGAGUAUUUUAGAAAAUUGACCACACAAGUAUUUUAGAAAAUUGAACACACAAGUAUUUUAGAAAUUCAACCCACUUAGAAUGAUUGUAGAUCUUUGAACCCACAUGCAAUGAUUGAAGAACUUUGAACCCACAAACAAGGACAUUAGAACAUUGAACAUGCAAAAAAGGGAUUUUAGGACAUUGAACACGCAAAGACGGAUGUUAACAUUGAACACAAAAGCAAGAAUUUUACAAUAUUGAAUCACAAACAAAGAUAUUAGAUCAUUGAACUCGUAAAAAAUGAUUUUAGAGAAUUGAACACGCAAACAAGCAUUUUAGAACAUUCUAAUCAGUAGAGUGUGUUUUUUAUAUUUUUCGGCACUGGCCUGACUAAAAAAUUAAAGUCACUAAUGAAUUAAAUUUUAACAUUUUACUUACAAAAAUAUAUGUCUGCUAUUUUCAGGACUUUUAUUUGUCUGUGUUGUAUAAAAGGUUGGCAGCGGGCCCCGUAUUUCAUGUCAGCAAACAAAGUGAGCAGCUCAGAGUCUAUGCACAUUGUGCCAGUAAUGAGCAGUGAGUUGAAUUCAAUUAAUUUAUUCUAAACCCUAACCCUAAACCAGUAUUUCAUGUCAGCAAACAAAGUGAGCAACUCAGAGUCUAUGCACAUUGUGCCAGUAAUGAGCAGUGAGUUGAAUUCAAUUAAUUUAUUCUAAACCCUAACCCUAAACCAGUAUUUCAUGUCAGCAAACAAAGUGAGCCGCUCAGAGUCUAUGCUCAGUGUGCCAGUAAUGAGCAGUGAGUUGAAUUCAAUUAAUUUAUUCUAAAUCUUAAUUAUCUUUGUUUUUAAAACCAAAAACUCUUUAUUUACUUUCUUUAUAAAAAUUGAUUUAUGAAGCGUUAACAAAUUAUAACAGUAAAUCCUUCAAGGGAAUAAAUAGCCAGUUGUUGAGUUUGACCAACAGUAAGAUUAGCAAAGGGAGGAAACCCAAGAACUUGUCUCCCAUGCAGUUAUUUUUAUGUCAUUAUGUAACAUUAAUUGUUGCAACAAUAAGCAGGCAUUCUUGAUGUCAUUUUGUAACAUUAAUUGUUGGAAAAAUAAGCAGGGAUUCUUGAUGCCAUUUUGUAACAUUAAUUGUUGCAACAAUAAGCAGGGAUUCUUGUGUUGUUUUGUAACAUUAAUUGUUGCAACAAUAAGCAGGGAUUCCUGGUGUCAUUUUGUAACAUUAAUUGUUGCAACAAUAAGCAGGGAUUCUUGUGUCAUUUUGUAACAUUAAUUGUUGCAACAAGAGGCAGGGAUUCUUGAUACUAUUAUAAAUUAUAUGGGUAGUCAAAGCUAUUUACAUUAUUUAAUUUUGUAAAAAUGUGUUAAUUUUCUGCGAAUCCCAAGGACUAUUUAGCACUGGAUGUCAUAGUAAAUUAUUUGUGUAAAAUAAUAAAAUAAUUUGUAAUAAUAUAACACACAUCUUAUUAUGAAUCAUUGCCUAUGGUUUCAUUAGCUACACAUCUCUGAAGCAGUAAAUAUUUUUAUAUUUAUGGAGAAACAUAAAACCCAUUAGUAGAUCUGUACAUACUGCCAAAAAGAUAGAUCUGUACAUAUGGCCAAAAGAACAAAUCUGUACAUAUGGCCAAAAGGGUAGAUCCGUACAUAUAGCCAAAAGGGUAGAUCUGUAAUAUGGCCAAAAGGUAGAUCUGCACAUAUGGCCAAAUGGGUAGAUCUGUACAUAUGGCCAAAAUUGUAGAUCUGUACAUAUGGCCAAAAAGGUAGAUCUGUACAUAUGGCCAAAAGGGUAGAUCUGUACAAAAAGUCAAAAGGGUAGAUCUUCUUCUUCUUCUUCUAUAUCUUAAGGGCCCACGAUCAAUUUAUUGAUCAUUUUGGCUCCUAUGCAUGUAGAUGGGAUUUGCAAUGUUUCUGUUACUGGUGGUGAUCUGUACAUAUGGCCAAAAGGGUAAUAAUAAUAAUAAUAAAGUUCAUUUCAAAAACACGCUUCAUCCCCAAAGGCUCGAAGCGCGGUACAAAGUCAACGAAAUACAAAUCUAUAAUUUACCACAUUUAAAACAAACGCAACACUCCAAAAACUAAUUACUAGCAUACAAUUGCAAAGUCUUUCUAGCCAUUUCAACCCCAAGGAAAAAAGCCAUUAUGCAUUAAGUGGAAAAUAAGGUUGACAAUCAUCCCAGAAGGUGUUUGCGAAAUAGAUGUGUCUUUAAAUCUGUUUUAAAGGACUCCAGUGUCUGGUUGUUUCUGAGAUCCACAGGAAGGGCGUUCCAAAUAGUUGGACCAGCAAAUGCGAAAGUGCGCUUUCUGUAAGUCUCAAGGCGAACACGUGGUGUCGAGAGUUUGCCACUAUCGGAUGAGCGGAGCUCUCUAGUGGGUACAUAAGGCGUAAGCAGCUCUUUCAGAUAGGACGGUGCCAGGUCAUGUAAGCCGCGGUAGCACACCGUUGCGAUUUUGUACUCUAUGCGAGCACGCACUGGCAGCCAGUGCAGCUCUCUCAGAAGUUUUUUUGCAUGGUCGAACUUGCGUUUGCGGAGAACAAUGCGAGCCGCAUUAUUCUGUGCUAUUUGAAUUUUAUCCAGGAGCGUAGCUGGAAGAGCUGGAGAGCAUUGCAAUAGUCCAUGCGUGAUAGCACAAAUGCAGACAUCAGCCUCUUUGUUGCAUCAAUUGUUAGGACGGGCCUGAUGUGACUAAUCCUGCGCAGCUCCAGAAAAAUCGCCCUGCAUAGCAUGUUAAUAUGACUUUCAAAAGUUUGUCUUCUAUCUAGGUAGACACCCAGGUACCGCACUGUUUUAUUUAACUCAAUACGCACACCUGAGAGAGUAAUGGAUGUCGUGUUAUUUGCAGAUCUGUACAUAUGGCCAAAAGAGUAGAUCUGUACAUAUAACCAAAAAAGAAGUUCUGUACAUAUGGCCAAAAGAGUAGAUCUGUACAUAUGGCCAAAAGAGUAGAUCUGUUCAUAUGGCCAAAAGAGUAGAUCUGUACAAUGGCCAAAAGGGUAGAUCUGUACAAAAAGCCAAAAGGGUAGAUCUGUACAAAAAGCCAAAAGGGUAGAUCUGUACAUAUGGCCAAAAGGGUAGAUCUGUACUUAUUGCCAAAAGGGCAGAUCUGUACAUAUGGCCAAAAGAGUAGAUCUGUACAUAUAACUAAAAAAGAAGUUCUGUACAUAUGGCCAAAAGAGUAGAUCUGUACAUAUGGCCAAAAGAGUAGAUCUGUUCAUAUGGCCAAAAGAGUAGAUCUGUACAUUGGCCAAAAGGGUAGAUCUGUACAUGUGACCAAAAGAGUUGAUCUGUACAUAUGGCUAAAAGAUUUGUUCUUGAACUUGAACAUGUAAUCUUCCUCCUGCCUCUUUCCAACAGAUGAAUCUACUUCAUUUAUAAAUCAAAAUUUCAUUCACAUUAAUAUUUUGUAUGUAAAUGACACAUCUAAAUUUUUGUUUGUAUUUCAGAUAUCCACCUGGUGCCCUGGUUGUUUAUUUUAUGAAUAUUCGAAACACCACGGCUGUCCUAUCACUGUCACAGUUCACAGGCUUAGAUAAGGAUGUCUUUUUGCUAACUCCAGGUGAUGCUGAUGGGCUGAAAUCUAGGUAAGCUUGGAAUGUUUGCAUUUUUUGUGUGCUGAUUUUAGCAUGCAGACUUAAUAAUAGUAUUAAAAAAUGCCAUUUAUUUUAUUAUGAUUUAAUUAAAGAAAACAAACACAAUGUAUAAUGAGCAAUCUAAAUUCUGAAAAUGGUGCAAAUGAAAUUUCUAUUUAAAUGAAUAAUUUUUUUAAAAUUCAAAACAUUCCCGUUCAAAAUAAAGGAUACAUAGAAAGAGCUCACCAUCAAAAUUUUAUUUCAUCUAGAUAUACUGUUAACAUUGUCACCAUUAGCUGAAGACUAUAUUUUUCUGUAUUCACAUCCAUAUUUUGACAGGACUUUGCAUCUUUUCUUUGUUUAUUUCACCAGGUUUGUCAAACUAAAUGAUGAACUGCUGCUCAUGUCAGGCUCUGAGCUGCCACCUAUGCUCCCCACAACAAUAACAGGGGAUGUCACUGUCACAGCACAAAGCUUUGGAUUUAUUAUUGUCCCUGCUGCCAAAGUUUCCUUAUGCAUUGGCUAUCAUGAGAAAACGACCAAAAGUUAACUCUAAUUGUGUUAUUGAAUUUCAACAGCUGAGUUUUGUCGUGUGAGGGUUGCUACUUUGUCUGUUUUGUUGCAGAGGUUGAGUUGAACUUAUCUAUAUAUACAAUAUUUUAUGGACUAAUAGACACUACAGACUAUAAGACGCACCUUAAUUUUUAAGUAGUUUUUACACAAAAUAAAAUAAUUACUAUUUUUAUAUUAAUUUCAAGUGUAAGACGCACCUGAAUUUGGGGGCAAUUUUUCUAAGCAAAAAGUGCGUCUUAUAGUCCGUAAAAUACGGUAUUUGAUGUGUGAGGGUUUCUAUUUGGUCUGUUAUGUUGUAGAGGUGGAGUUAAUCUGAUCUAUAUGUUUAUUUGAUGUGUGUAUGGGCAACUUGAGAGAUUUGACAUAUGAACCAAAUUAAUUUGAUGUGUGUAUUUUGUUGAUAAUAUUUUUACAUGACUGUAUUGCUACUAAAGUUAAAGUAUAAUUAAGUUAAAGUUAAAUUUAUUUAAAGUACAAUUAAGUUAAAAUAUAAUUCAGCAUUGGUAUAAUUUAGUUAAAGUAUAUUUAAGUUAAAGUAUAGUUUACUUAAAGUAUAAAAUUCAUUCAUAUUUUAUUUAAUAUAAAUUUCAUUUUCACCUUUGAAAAUGGUUGAUUGUAUUUUUGUGGUUUUUAAGAUUAGAUAAAUUCUUCUCAUUAUAUUUGGUGAUGCUAACAUCUGAAUAAAUUGUUCUGAUUAUACCUGGGGAUGCUAACAUCUGAAUAGAUCAUAUUUUAUUACCUCUGGUCUCAGACUUUCAGGGCCAAUUUAAAACAUUCAAAAACAAGAUUUUUUUAUGUGAGGGGCAAUCCACAAUGUUUCAAUUCUUUGUGUGCUCAAGCCUGGUGGGUAUUUCUAUCACCAUCUUCAAUUAGACUUAGAACUAAUAGAGCAUCAAGGCAUUUUUGGGGCAGCUUCAUGGUUGAAAUGUGAGGAUAAAGUUAAUGUGUUUUGGAGAUGUUUGCUUGUGUGUUACCUAAAACAUUUUACUGCUGUUGUUUAAAGGGUUACACACUUUAUUAUAAAAUUCUUUACAGGACAUUUACUAAUAUGAUUUAAAAAAAUAUUUUUAAAAGUUUGAAACUGAACAAAAUCAAAGUUACUUGACCGCUAGACUGACCAAUGAUGAUUAGGGUUAAGGUUACUUGACCAUUUGACUGGUCAAUGCUGACUUAUUGGAUUUUUGAUUUCAAAAUUCUAUUUUUGAUAUUCUUAAACAUUGAUUAUUCUGUUUGUUGAUGCUCUAAAAACAUUGAUUGUUCUGUUUGUUGAUACUCUUAAAACAUAAAGCAUUCUAUUUGUUGAUAUUCUUAAAACAUUGAUUGUUCUGUUUGUUGAUGCUCUUAAAACAUUGAUUGUUCUGUUUGUUGAUAUUCUUAAAACAUUGAUGGUUCUGUUAGUUGAUGCUCUUAAAACAUUGAUUGUUCUGUUUGUUGAUACUUUUAAAGCAUUGCUUGAAAAUGUAAAUAUGGGUUUCAAUGUGGCAGAUUAUCUUCUCUUAUAUCUAAAGACUUCACACUGGUAGACAUUUUUCUUGACAUAGACAACUAUCCAUGCCACUUGGACAAAAUGACUGGUUGCUUUUAUUGCUUUUGAGAGGAAUACAUUUAAAUUUACUUAUUGGAAAGUUACUUGCAUAUUACAUACUUCAUGUUUUUCAUAUGCUGUUAUGUAAACAAUUUUUUUUUGAUAUUUCAAUUACUUACCUGUUAUCUUUGGAUGAAAUAAAUUACUUUGUGUUAUUUGUAACAUAAAUAAUUCGCUUAUCUA